AUGCAGCUCCAUCAACGGCUUUUCAUUCCGCUAGAAAGUGGUCGCCAUGAUGCGCGUCUUUCGAUCUCUUUCCAGACUCUUAUCCAACCAGCAGACAUUAUCAUCUUGCCCGAAGAUAUUAGACCCAGACACACAAGCACCAUAGGUGUUAAUCGGGCUGAUUUAUUCUCCGAGAUUGACACGGAAAGAGAGGGGGUUUAUAUACCUGCGGCCAUCCAUCCAACCAGUCAGCUAGGCACCGGUCCCGCCGAGGAAAACAUUGAAAUCCAGGAUUCCGAACGCGCAGAACAUGGCUCUUUCUUCUUGCAGUUUUUAGUACCAGGAUUCCGAAAAGGCAAGACAUACCGUUCUGAUAUUCUUGUUUUAUCUAGCUCAGAGCCAUAUCAUUUGCGAGUGCUUCUUUUUAGCCGCACUGCUGGGACGACCAGCCAUUCCAUAUUCGCUCCUGAGCUUGGAGACUCAAGGAAACGGAGACCCAGACAUGAACUGAAUGAUGAAAUGCGAGGUGGUGGAGGAGUUCAUACGCCUAGGAGGAAGGGUGGCGGGGAAAGCCACGUGAUGAGCCCGUUGACCCUUGCAAUCAACACCGGAAUCUCUCUCGAUAAUUAUGUUUCGCCUACAGGGAGACUCUGGCUGAGGACGCAGGGGCACCUCACAAAUGAUUGGCUCGAAUGUUGGUUGUUGACUGGAAGAUGUGCUAACGAGCCUCGUUCUUGUAGAUUUCGGAGCCUUCGAGAGAUGUCGUGUCAUCUAGUGAACAAUAUUGAACAACGGGAGGUAUUCCAAAAAAGGUGUCAAGGUACCAUCACAUAUUCAUGA